AUGCAAUUCCUGUUUAUUGAUGGCUAUCCCACUAUUUUGGCGCCGACCGAUUUUGGCAUUGGUGGCGGUGCUUAUUUUCAACUCUUAUCAACAUUAUGCAAGCUUGCACAAGCAGCUAUUCAGAAAUCAAUCGAUGAAUUCCAGAUUAAAACGUUUCUCAGCGCUCAAGCUAUAUCGGAAUUUCAAUUUCUAUCACGGAUGACUGACAUAACGAGUCAAUUCGAAAGUAAUACCGCUUCUCGCUUUUCUCAUGCUAUACAACUUGUGCGUGAUUUCGUACAUGGCAAUACAUUCGUAUCCAGCUAUGCCUUCAACUGGUACUUCUGGUUAGAUGAUAUUCAAGCGCAAAAAACUAUAUUGGCCUCUCCUGCCAUUAAAAGGAAGCAAUGUUCAGAAAUCGUUACGACACUACUGCCAUUGAUUUCGUUCGUAACUGGUGUAUCACCAGACCUACUCCCAUUGCCCAUUCAAGCUUUAAAUUCAUUACUACCGAAAUUGAAAAAGCUUCUAGGAAAUGAAAUUACAGAAUACAAACCAGUAGGUCAAUGUGGUUUUAUUCGCUCAUUAAUGUCUUUCAAUGAAUUAAAUAAUGAAGAUGGUUAUGAUUGGAUGAUUACUUGUAAAAGUAACUGUGUGAAAUUAGAUCGUGAAACUAAUACAGAAAAAUUUAUUGUUGUUAUAUCGAAAAAAUUAAUCGAAUCAUUUGGUCCGUCGACAACAACAAUCACGAACGCAAGCAUUAUUAAUCAUAAUAUGGAAAAAUAUAUUUCAUCGUUAAAAUCCUGUGAUAUUAUUCCCAUGUUUCAUUACGAUCAAACUGUGACGCAGUCGUUAAAAAAGUGGCGACAUGGGUUAAUUCUCAAUCAUUAA